CCCGAACUUAAGAUACAACUAGGAAAGAAGAAACAUACUUCAUGUUGUCCUGUUUGCUUACCCAGAAAAUGCAUGAAAGUAGCGACCCUGCAAUUAAGCUCUUCGGAAUGAAGAUUCCAUUGCAGGUUGAAGGCCGGGAUACUGCCAUUUCCGCCCACGAUUCUGUCUCAAGUGCGGCCAUUGAUGCCAAGAAAGGAGGAGGAGACGACGGAGGACAGAAGAGACGACAAGAUGAUGAACCCGACAAGGAAUCUCUAAUUGGAAAAGUCAGAGAUAGCCCUGAAGAGAAAGAGCCUGAACUCCUUCCGGAGGCAAGCGUGAAGCCGAGCACACCAUCGAUGGACGAAGAAGCUGCAAAAUCUUCAAAGAAUGACGAUGGAACCAACGCGCAGGAGAAAAUCCUGAAGAAGCCAGAUCAAGUUCUUCCGUGUCCUCGCUGCAACAGCAUGAACACAAAGUUCUGUUACUACAAUAACUACAACGUCAAUCAGCCUCGCCAUUUCUGCAAAUCCUGUCAAAGAUACUGGACAGCUGGUGGCACCAUGAGGAACGUUCCAGUGGGUGCAGGGCGGCGAAAGACCAAAAACAACUCCUCUCAUUAUCGCUACAUCACCAUUAACGAAGCUCUUCGAGUAGCCAGAAUUAGUGCUCCUAAUGGAACUAAUGGAAAACUUCUCAGCUUUGGAUCAGAUGCGCCCAUGGGUUCUAUACUGAAUCUAGCAGGGAACAAAAUUGUUUCUCAAAGCACCCGAAAUGGGUUCCAUAAUCACAUCUUGGAGAAUCGGAGAAACACAUCUUCCAUAGAAGAAAGCAAGAAAAAAAUCCUCCAAAGCUCUUGUGUUCCUAGUGUUCCCUGGCCUGUCACUCCAGGUUUUCCUACCCUGUCAGUUAAUCGGAAGGCAAAUCUUCCCAGGUUUUCCACGAACUUUUCUUCCCCAACCUUAAAUUCAUCGAGCUUUGGUCCGAAUUCUCCGAUAUUAGGAAAGCGCAAGAGGGAUGGGGACGUGCUUGAGCCAGGGUAUCUGCAAAAAGAGGAACCAUCGAAACAGAGAAGCGGCUCUGUUUUGGUGCCUAAAACACUGAGAAUUCAUGACCCAAUUGAGGCUGCCAAGAGUUCAAUAUGGGCUACCUUAGGAAUAAAGAAGGGAUCAUUGAAUGGUGGAAGCAUGUUUGAGGCGUUUCAAUCGAGGAAACAUCAUGGGAUUGAAAUCUCUUCGGUGUUAAGCGCCAACCCAGCAGCUUUGUCUAGAUCCGUUUACUUUCAUGAGAACACGUGAAUUAGCAGUUCGUGGGAUACAUACUAGUGAUUCUCUGGGUUAUUGAAUUACUGUGAAGUAGGCCAAAAAGACUAAUUUGGAAAGUAGCUUUAGGUGAAGUGGAGAUGAACAGAUAAUAUUAUAUGUAGGUUUUACAGAGAACACAAUCCAUUUCUCGUGUUUAUCUCCAUCUUCAAUUCACUUGAGGUGAUUUCAAAAUAUCCAAAUUAGCAAGGGAGAGACCAUGAACAUCUUUCAUGGAGAGUAGAGUUCAAUUCAGUAUAUAUUAUGUGGCCCCUGCAUUUUUAGUGUUAGUUUGUAGAGUUUGAACAUGUUAGGAUAAUAAUUAUUAUUGUGAUA